CUUUUUCAGUGCAAGACAUGAUUCUCUCCCUUGCCAGGACUCCAUUAUUGCGAACGGUCUCAGUAUCGACCUCUCGCAUUGUUCCAACAGUCAUUACUCGAAGAUGUCUGGCUACCACCACUGACGCUAAAGACACACAAAACCUGGUGGAGAAAAUUGUCCAAAAAUAUGCCCUAGACUUGCCUGAAGGAUAUUUGGUCAAGAGUGGCGACUACGUGACGAUUCGCCCUCAUCAUGUUCUUACCCACGACAAUACCGGUGCUGUUAUUCCCAAGUUCAAGUCCAUUGGUGCAACCAAGUUCAAUAACCCACGUCAACCGGUCUUUGCAUUGGAUCACGAUGUUCAAAACAAAAGCGAGAAGAAUAUUGAGAAAUACCGCAAGAUUGAACAAUUCGGAAAGGACCAUAAAGUUGAUUUCUACCCAGCUGGACGGGGUAUCGGUCAUCAAAUUAUGAUCGAAGAAGGUUAUGCCUUCCCAUACACUUUGACUGUGGCCUCUGAUUCGCACUCAAACAUGUAUGGUGGUAUUGGUGCUUUGGGUACACCCGUUGUUCGUACUGAUGCCGCUGCUAUCUGGGCCACUGGACGUACCUGGUGGCAAAUUCCACCUGUUGUUAAGGUCGAUCUUCAAGGAACUCUUCCAGCAGGUGUGACAGGAAAGGAUGUCAUCAUCACAUUGUGUGGUUUGUUCAACAAGGAUGAGGUUCUCAACACUGCAAUCGAAUUUCACGGCAGUGAGGAAACCAUGAAGGCAAUUUCGCUUGAGGAUCGUCUAGCUAUUGCUAAUAUGACCACUGAAUGGGGUGCUCUUGCUGGUGUCUUCCCAGUGGACGACUUGACCAUCGAAUACUUGCAGAAGAGACAAAAGCGCCUGGAAUUGGAACAAUUUGAGAAAGGAAAUGGCUCAGCCUCUCAUCCUCGCAUCAACGACCAAACCAUUCAAGAAUUGGUCAACAACCCUAUCAAGGCAUCUCCCAACGCCACCUACGCCAAGCGUUUGACUCUGGAUCUUUCAACUCUGUCGCCCCAUAUCUCUGGCCCUAACUCAGUCAAGGUUGCCAAUACCCUUGCUGCUUUGGAGAAGGAGGACAUUGCCAUUAACAAGGCAUACUUGGUCUCCUGUGUCAACUCCCGAGCUGGCGAUUUGCGUCAAGCCGCCGCUGUCAUGAAAGGAAAGAAGGUUAAGGAAGGUGUAGAAUUCUAUAUUGCAGCUGCUUCUUCAGAGGUUCAAAAGGAAGUUGUUGAAUCUGGAGACUGGGAUGUUCUGGUCAAUGCUGGUGCCAAGGUUCUUCCUGCUGGAUGUGGACCAUGCGUUGGAUUGGGUACAGGAUUGCUCAAGGAUGGUGAAGUCGGUAUUUCUGCCACCAACCGUAACUUCAAGGGUCGUAUGGGAUCCCCUAGUGCCAAGGCCUACCUUGCAUCACCAGCCGUGGUUGCUGCAUCUGCCAUUGCUGGAAAGAUUGUUGGACCCAACGGAACUACUCAAUCCACUGCAGAGCCCAAAUUCACCAUUGAAACUUUGAACACCAACAAGGAAGACGAUGAUUCCAGCAGCACUGAAGUUUUGCCUAACUUCCCAUCUACCAUCAAAGGAGAACUACUUUUCUGUCAUGCAGACAAUCUCAAUACCGACGGCAUUUACCCUGGAAAAUACACCUACAACGAUGAUAUGACCACAGACGAUAUGCGCAAGGUCGUCAUGGAGAACUAUGAUCCCAAGUUCGUUGAUAUUGUAAAGAAUUCUGAUGUCCUGGUUGGCGGUUUCAACUUUGGUACUGGCUCAUCUAGAGAGCAAGCUGCUACAGCCAUCAAGUCACGGGGCAUUACCAUCAUGAUUGCUGGAUCCUUCUCUGAUAUUUUCAAGCGUAACUCCAUCAACAAUGCACUUUUGCUUCUUGAAUCCCCUGAACUUGUCAAUGACCUGAAGAACAACGUUGGUACGUCUGAUCUGACCAAGCGUACUGGAUGGAAUGCGGAGAUCAAGGUUGGUGAAGGAAAGGUGAUUGUCAAGCAGGCUGAUGGUAGCGAAAAGGUCUACAAAGUUGGCGUUCUCGGCAAAAGUGUCCAAGAGUUGUGGUUGGAUGGUGGCCUUGAAGGCUGGGUGAAGCAGCGAUUGUAAAGCUGCAAUUGUAAAGUGACACGAAUUCUUUUUUUUUUCUUCUUCUUUUUUUUUUUUCAUCCACGUUUACAUAAACCCCAUUUUGCAAGAUCCCAAAAAUCUGUCAUGCUCAUAUUUAGAUCAAUAAAACGACUUUCCCUAAUUG